UGGGUAGUAGUCGGUUCUGGCUCCCGCCGUAAGAACGUGGCAGUACAAUAGGCUUCAGCCUCUCUCUCGAACCCAUUCACAAUUUAGCGUCUUUGAAGAAUCUUGAUUAUCUAUGGCGAGCGAAGCUACCGAGCACAGAGAAGAGGAAGAGGAGGUAAUCGCCGGUGAAGACGAGGACACCGGAGCACAGAUUGCUCCGAUAGUGAAGCUUGAGGAAGUUGCCAUCACCACUGGCGAAGAAGAUGAAAAUGUCAUCCUGGAUCUGAAAGCUAAGCUGUAUCGAUUUGAAACUCAGUGGAAGGAAAGAGGCACUGGGACUAUAAAGUUAUUGAAACAUCGGGAAACAGGAAAAGUUCGUCUCGUAAUGCGACAGUCUAAGACCCUUAAGAUCUGCGCCAACCAUUACGUUCUUCCAACGAUGUCCGUUCAGGAACACGCUGGGAAUGAGAAAUCUUGUGUAUGGCAUGCGGCUGAUUUUGCAGAUGGCGAAGUUAAAGAUGAAACUUUUUGUGUCAGAUUUCCAUCUAUUGAAAAUUGCAAAUCCUUCAUGGAGACAAUACAAGAAAUUGCUGAAUCCCAAGUGAGCAAAGGAGAGGAGGAGGACAAAGAUGCUUUAGCUGCUGCUGAGCUGGUUGAGAAGUUGAGCUUUGUGGAGAAGGAUGAGAAAAAAUCCAGUGAAGAAGCACCUGUUACUGUUACUGUCAAAGAGAAUGAAGCAGAGAAAGAGGCUGCAAAAGAAGAGGAGGGCAAAAAGGAGCCAGACACUGCUGCGGCUUAAGAAAGGUUCUAUUUCAUUGCCAUACACAUGAAUUACUGAGUCUGUCUCAUCCUCUUGCCUCAUUUGCUUGCUUCCCAUCACUUGGUUAAGUUGCACGGAUCUACAAACUCUAAAGUGUUGGAAAUGUGUGGGUUUUUGUCCAUUUUGAUGAGUCUUGGGUCAGAAGUAUUUGAUUGCAUCCGAGUCCACCACCUGUCAUUGUCGUAGCCUCCGAGCUUAUAGUUGAAUUUUUUUUAUCUGCUUUUGAGUUAUUCCAGAUUCAAAUUUAAGUUAUAUGUCUUUCUAAAGUGUGUUUGUUUCUAUUCUGGUCUGGGAAAGCUGCAUUAAUAUGGCUGAACUGAAGAGAAGUUGGUUGAGUAUGGUUUGUUUUCUUGAUUCACUUUUGGAGUAUUUAUUUGUGAAAGUAUACUCUUGUUGCUUUUGA